AAAUGAAAGUAUCCUCAUUCUUGUGUACUGCGCCAGAAGUUUUUCCCUUGCUCUUACCUGGGCGAACGCAUGCGUGAAGUCGCGUGACAGCUGCCAGAAUUUACGUCUAAAUGUCUCGAUUUAAGCCUGCGCUUCAACCCGAGAUUUUACGGGCUCACCAGAAAGACGAACAGCACAUCGCGUCGCUGCAAAAAGAUGUGUCGGAAGUCACCCGAGCUGUGCUCGGAAUGCGGCGAUGGAUAAGGUGGCGUUUGGAGGUGGACGCACUCACCAGUUUAGUGUACUACUGCGCGACAACGCUCAGCGGCUACCAAACACUGGGCGAGGAAUACGUGCACAUCUUGCAGCUGGGCCGGACCCUCAAGACAGUCCCUACAUUCGCUCAGAGGCUCACAUUUGUGGUCCUGCAGUCAUUCGGAGGUAACCUGAUCGACAGGGCGUUAAAGCUCGUCAAGAAACGACGCACGGUCGACGGAGAAGCGCUCAACACGCUUGUCACGAGAGCGUUGCAAGUGCACGUGAUCCUGUUCUACCUCCUCGGCGGAUACUACAGUCCUGCCAAGAGGUUGACCGGAAUCAGAUACGUGCUCAUAAGAAACUGGCUUUCUACACCAGAUGUUGCGCGUUACUACAAAGUGCUAGGUUGGCUCUCGCUUGUCGAGUUCGGGGUGUCGCUUCACUCGGCGGUCAGGUCGCUCAAGGCAUCUGGGGUUGUCGACGGUGUCCACUCCGAAUCGUCAUCGAAAUACAACUGUUGCAUGUGUGUCGACGCCGCGAAGAAUGCAUCUGUGAUCCCUUGCGGCCACAUCUACUGCUGGUACUGCAUCACCGGUUGGUUAAGGACUAACAAACAGUGCCCUUUGUGCAGAAUGUCGUGUGAACCUCAACAAACAGUCCUGCUACGGAAUGUAUGAUGAACUUUUAUGCGGCGCACGCAGCGUGUACAUCUGUACAAACAGCUUCUUGACCGUUUAGUUAAAAAGGAAAUGAUCUGUAUCCGUUCAGUGACAUGCACAAUCCUAGCAUAAUUUCCGUCCUGAUGCUUAGAGAUCUGAGGAAAGCUCUUUUCUGUUUGGUUUAUUGUGUCCGAAAGUAUGGAAAAAAAAAUUACUUCUGAGAGACUGAAAGGCCAGUGCUUGAGGAUGUCUAAUAUGUCAUUGCACCACUAGUGGGACAUUCUAGAACACAAUUCCGUUGAUGUGGAAGGGCCUUUCUACAAGUAAUCACAAGUACUCCAACUACAGAUGACAGGAAACGACAUUUUGAUGAAUUACAAGGCAGAAUAAAAUGCCACUACUGCAUUUCUCUCUUUGAAGUGAAAAACUUGGCAAUACCCUUGUUUUGUUCCCACCAGGCUGUGCUUUGCUAAAGCCCCUUGUUCUGUCGUGCUGCUGCACAGGCUGUCGGGCAGCAAAGGGCGGGCAUGGCUACGUCAAGAAGCCAUUCUCUGAGGCAGGCAGUUUGAAUUGCGCAAGUAGUACGCAGACCACUAUAAUGAGACAAGCACUAAAUGGUUUCUGGAACUCUAUUUAAACAAUCCACAUUGAUUUAAUAUUUGCCUUUUCCCUUUAAGGCGACCAUGCGAUUCCUUUCCGUUUGCAAAUUGACGCCAGUAGUCACAUUGAGUCAGUGAACUCCCAGCCUCUAUAACUUUUAAGAUUCUGUAGUUAGCCAGUUUUCUUCAAAAAUGAUUUGAUGAAGUGAAAUAGCUGUGUUUACUAAUAUGUUUAUUUAUUUAGUUUGCUUAGUGGCAAUGUUAGUUACAUAGCGGUAUUUCUGAACAGCAGAAGAGAGUCUAGGCAUUUGGCUUUAUUUCAGCUUCAUCUAAUUGCUCCUUGUUCGACACACAUUCAGCAUUCACUUUGAGCUCUCUCCAUUCAGAUUUGUUCUAUCGUAUAGCUAUUUUCUUAUGUGAAACUCACUGCAGUAAUUUAGAAGUUAAGGCAAUAUGGCGCCAAACUCGAGGGCAUGACUUCUAUUCCCGGCAGUGGCGGCCACAUUUAGAUAUGGUAUAAAUUGCAAAACAUCUAUGUACCUAGUUUUAAAUGCUCUUAAAAAGAACCCUGGGUGAUCAGAAAUGAUGCGGUGAUGAUGAUGCGGUUCUUUAUUACAAUGUGCCCCUCAUAAUUGUGUUGUGGUUUUACUCAUAAAACCUUUCAAUUUCCCUCUUUAUGACAUUUAGGAAUGCCAACUUUUUUCGUUUCAUCUUCACAGCACUAAAAGUGUUGCCAUUUUAGUUAACAGGUACCUGGCUUUACCAACUGCAUUGAAACAGUUACACUCCUGACACAUGGGCGAAUGUGAAGUACUUUGCAGUAAGUCCAUUUCAUUGCUUUUAAAGACUUUGCAAAGAGAAGUUGUUUCCAUUGAUGCACAGCACCAAACCAAACUCUCUAGGUGGUUUGUGGCCUCCUCAAUUUGCUUAUAUUCCUCAAACGAAUUUGAAGUAGAAAAAGAAGCAUUGCCUCGACAGUUCAUUUUUGGGGUUUCAUGCAUAUUUACAACCACCUUAGAGGGUAUUACGACUGCACCCAAUGAGCCUUCAUUGAAAAGGGGGAUUUUUUAGCUGUGCAUUUUGUAUGUGCCGAGAGACGACCUUUUAUUUCCAAGAGCAAAUGCGCGAUCUGCUUUAUCACAUUAGAAUUUUGCUGGGUGGAAGGUACUCUUUUGUUUUGUGUCACUGCACAUGAACGCCAGUUCAAAAGAUGUUCCCACCUCACCACGCAGGCACUCUACAGUUCUUUGACUUUUAUAGUGCUCGUGUGGUGGGGUAAAAGAUGUGUUGGUAUCCAAGCACAAUGUUGUCGGUUUGGUUCGUUGACGAGAUGCUAAAUUUUGAUUGAAAUGCAGUAAGAAUACUCUUGCAUACUUGUGUGUUGGUACAUGUUAACUAACCCUAGGUCAUCAACAUUAAUACAUAUCUAUCCACCACUAUAUAACUUCAAGCCAACAUGCUAAUUUGGGCAUUAUAUUGUGUGAACGAAUCGGGCGUAAAAACACAGUAAAAAAUCACUUAUGAAAGUACUGCUACAGCCACCUUGCGUGUAGCCUGAUCAUAAAUACAUUUCAUUACUCAGUGUCAUACAAGAACAUGAUUUUAUGGAAAGUGUCUCGCUUGGACUUAAUGCAUUGACUUUCACAUCUAACUGUCGGUGGGGCUUUGGGUGGGAGCACUCUCUAAAACAAAGGUAUUAGAAGAAGUUAGAUUAUUGUGAAGCCUUGAAUUAUGGAAUGUGCUCAAGACCAAGCAAGACAAUUUUAUUUUGCAGGUUCUUUAUUUUUAUUUAUUUACAGAAUACUGUCGAUCCCCCAUGGGGAUUAUUACAGGGGUGAGCAUCACUGUCACAACAUUUGAUGUUUGAAACGAAAAAAAUCAGAAUAAUAAAGAACAUAUAAUCACU